UCCGGAAAUCGGUUCAGUAGAGGUGGGUAGAUGGUAGAUUAGGUAGGUAGGUCGAGUGAGUGGUGUGAUGGUGUUAGACUUUGCAGGAAUAAGUAGGUAAGUAAGAUGAGGUGAUAUGAGGUCUCUCUCUCUCUCUCUCUCUCUCUCUCUCUCUCUCUCUUUCCUUCUAUCUCUAUUCAUUCAUCCUCUUUCCCUCUCUAUCCUCCUCCAAUCUUUCUCGUUCGACGACGACAACGACGACGACGACGACGCCUCAAACCCCUCCCCUCCCCUCCCCUCCCAUCUACCUCCUAGAUCCUAUCCCGCGGCGUCCACCCCGCCCAUCGCUCCCGCCCCUAUCAACGCGUACGCACGCGCACGAAACCACAAGAAACCGCACGAAACCGUACACAGCGCCGCCACUGCCGUAACCGUAUCGAUCGAGACAGGAGAGUGCGAUGCGAUGCGAUGCGAUGCGUGGGAUGAGAUGAGAUGAGAUGGGGAUGGGACAGGGCAGGACAGGGCGAGCGAGCGAGCAGGCAGCGCAGAGCGAUACCACGUACCCGCGAGCUCUGAGUCGCGUGCUUGAUACCUGCU